UACAGUGAUGUCAGACCAUUAACAUUGUUAGUUGUGAGAAGACUGGGUAUAUAUAAGAUGUUGAGUGAGAACAAGGACAACUGCUGACAGAGACAGAGAGCCAAAUACAAAGAUGCUGAGAUAUCAGUGUGUGGUGCUGGCCCUGGUCUUGUAUUUAAAUGGUUCCCUUUCCCAGCUCAAUGAAUGUGGUAGUGCACCUUUUAACACGCGUAUUGUGGGUGGACAGAAUGCCUCAGAUGGGGUGUGGCCAUGGCAGGUUAGUUUACAGAGCCCUGUUUACGGGGGCCAUUUCUGCGGAGGAUCGCUCAUCAACAAAGACUGGGUUCUGACAGCAGCCCACUGUUUCUCCAGCAAAAAAAUCCUUUCUGGCCUGACUGUGUAUUUGGGGAAACAUACUCUAAAUGGCUCUAAUCCCAAUCAAAUUGCAAGAGGUGUUACACAGCUGAUCCUUCACCCCAAUUACAACACUGCAACCCAAAACAAUGACAUCGCCCUUCUACGUCUGAACUCCUCUGUUACCUUCACAAACUACAUCAGACCAGUGUGCCUGGCAGGUCAAGGCAGUCGUUUUCCAGAUCGCACCAAUUGCUGGAUCUCAGGCUGGGGAAGCAUUGCCUCUGGAGUGCAACUGCCAUCUCCUGGUGUGCUGCAGGAGGCAAUGGUGCCCACUGUUAAUACAAAAGUUUGCGAUUUUCUACUGGGAUUUGGAUCCAUUACCACAAACAUGAUGUGUGCUGGUUAUAUCCAAGGAGGCACCGACACUUGUCAGGGGGAUUCUGGAGGUCCUCUUGUGACUAAGCAGGGUGCAGUCUGGAUUCAGGCUGGUAUCACUAGCUGGGGUAAGGGCUGUGCUCAGCGCUUCUCACCUGGUGUGUAUACUCUGGUGUCCCAGUACCAGACCUGGAUAUCCAGCGUCGUCAACCAAAACUUGCCUGGCUUUGUCACGUACUAAUACAGAGGGAGGACUGGUGGCAGUACUGAUGGACUAGGCAAAAUGAAAACAUUUUUUAUUAAAUGUAUUAUUUUACGUGAGAUAUCUACAUAUUUUACUAUACAUGUCUGUAUUUAUGUCUAUAUUUAUUUGUGUAUAAGUUUUAUAUACAUGACCAUUAUACUUGAGUUUUUUGUAAUUAUGAUGUUUGUGUUACAUGUGCACAAGAUAAUUAACUACUUCUAAAAUUAAAUAAUUUCCU